AUGGACCCUCCUCCCAGACGUCUCAGACUCGUUCCCAAGGUCACCUUCAUUCUUUCAUCCAUCGCCAUACACUAUGAGGUCGUCAAAUUCGUUUACAACAACCAUACACCACAUGAUCUCCUGAACCCGUCCCUACUCUUCGUUCUACCAUGUACGAUAUUCAUCAUUAGUCAUGGUCUUGGGGUUCUGAGACACCACGCGUUCGCAAUUGCUUUGAGAAGGGAAUUCGGGGUGAUUAGUCUGUGGCUAUUUUACUUUUUACCAGUCCUCAUCCAAAUUGUCUUGUGGCUGAGGUUAGCACAAUGGGUCACUGCGACAGUUCCAUGGCUGAUAAUAUCGGCAUUCAGGCUGUCCCCCAUCGUUAUACUGUUGUUUCUCGCUGUUCAGCUGUGGAGGAGGACAAGCAGACAGACCCAGCAGUUCCCUGCGCGCGAGCAUCGGCUCGUGGCGCAACGGGUGGAUGAGUUAGCCGAUGGGCCUAUUCACCCUUUUUGCUGGAUCGGGCUACUAGGGCGCGGCGCUAUAUCUAAAGCCAGAUUUUCAUACGGACUUCCCGUGGUGGUCGACGGAGAGAACCAGACAACAGUCGAUUUGGGUGUGGAUUUCGCAAGACGUCUAGAAACCCAGUCUCGAACAUCGUCUGGCGACGGACCAGCUGUCGGAAAUCCACGACGUAACUACGUGCUGCGCAUCUGA